GGCACCCUCCUGCCUCAGCAGAGCACUGCUUGCCCAGGCUACAACCGGUUGCAGCUACGAGACUCAGCAACAUCGUUCACGAGCGCUGGACGCUACAAUUGGACGGGUAGAAGAACUUGGUGUUUGAAGUUCGAGCCGCCAACUUGCAGGCUCUCUCAAGUCGGCGGAGAGGCCCCGUCAACGCAUCGAGUACGCAUCAAGCGACGCUGCUGCUUGUCCUAAAUAGCAAGGGACGCGACACAGACAGCAUCAUGGCGGACGAGGCUAAGCUGAGGGCAAGGGUGUCGGACGUGACGUUGCAGCCGUACCCGCACGUUCCCAAGAGCGACCGCAGCGACCCGGUCGCAUGGGCAAACUCCAGGGAGCAGUUUAUGCGGGAACACCUGAUCGCGAAAGAGCGCGUCAAGCUGCUGCGGCAGGAGGUUAUCGCCUGCUACCGCAAGGAAGGGGUGAACCACUACGUCAACUGCAAGCACCUUACCACCAAGUACCUAGAGAUGAUCCAAGAUAAGACCUUCGGGAGACUGAAGCCGCCCGGAGCCACGGCGGACGGUGACGAGGAGUAGCUCGCGUCGGGGGAAGGAGAGGCGGAGCUCAUUUGGGCAUUUUUUGUAUGGAUCAAAACAAGGAGGCCUGACGGCGAGAGGUGCGGCGGGGAGCGGGAGCGUCGACCGGCUUGGCGUCGCUGUUCGACCUUGGCAAGGGGUGACCGAUAGCUCGGUAGUCGCCUGGAGCAUUGUGUGCUUGGGCUGUACGAUGGAGCUCGAGCUUUUCGUGGUUAAUUUCCUUGGGCAGCACACGUAGCAUGUCUCCGACGAACUGGUCGUUCAACUUGGAACGAGGCAAGGAUGCUGCUUUGUUGUUUCGACGGUUGGCGUUACGGUAGAGCUAGAUAUCGUUUACCCCUAGGGCGCAAGUAUGUGCGUUCAUGUUUGUAUGCAGGCUAUAUCAAAUGGUGGUUGCUGACUAAAAAUAAUCAUGUGGUCCUGAGUUUUGGGCCUUCCCCUAAUCAUUGGCUCUCCUGUAAGCGGGACUGUUUACCCUCAAAAAGUCGCCCGCUUGCUUGCGUCGCAGGAUAGUCUAUUAGAUGAGGGAGGAAAUGAGCGCACUUUCGAACGAAAAGCAUCUGUCCGUGUCGCAUUGGAUAAUUAUCAUCCAUUGUGCCCAGCUUGUGCGUAGACUGUGCACCAAUGGCGUACACGAUGCCACUUGCACCGUCAGUUUCGAUUCAUGUCUUGGCGCUGUUGAAACUGAUGAACCUCGUCGCUGCACCUAGCAUGCGAGACCUCGCCCUCUCCCGCGAGUGUUGGUCAGCGCACGGCAUUUUGGCUAUUACCCACCGAGUGGGAUGUCUCACAAACUCUCUUUCCGGGUGAAUGCGUGGGUUCAUCGACCGUCGACUUGCUGCCUAAAGGUGGUUUUUCGAAAUAUCAAGUAGGAGUAACUCUGUCGGACCCCCUACGCUCUAUUGAGGCAUCACAGUAUGCGCCUGUUUUCCUCUGGACCGAACGUGUGCGCGACUCAUGUGUCUACCGUCCGCGAAACCUCGCGCGUUGACGGGCGCUACAUGGUUGCCUCGCCAUGAAAUCUAUUCAGAGCUGGAAGGCUCGUGGUCUGCCGAAGCUUUUCUGCGCCAAGGGUAGUAAUGGUGAAGACUACACGAGAGGAGGCCGUGGUUCGUGGCCUCUACACGAGG